CAUUUAGAAGAUUCAAAAUGGCGCGCGUCCUGCGUCGAAUUUUCUCCUAUUCCAAGUUCUCACGAACGUGCACAAAAACGUUAACCAUAAAAGGUUUUGGUCAAAAUUACCAGCUGACAACACCUUUCCCUAGAAGUUUAUUUACCAUAAAUCAAGAGCAAUUAUCACUCGUGAACAUUGAGAGCAAAGGCAGCGUGGCAACUAUUAAAUUGAACAGAAAGCCAGUCAACAGCUUUAAUAUGCAGUUAAUGGAGGAGAUCUGUCUUAUAUUGGAGGACCUAGAAAGUAACAAGGACUGCCGUGGUCUUAUCAUUACAUCAGACUUGCCAAAUAUAUUUUGUGCUGGAUUAGACCUCAAGGAAGUGCUGGCUUUGCGCAAGUCUAAGCUAGUAACCUUCCGUAAGACCUUUCAGGACAUGUGGUCACGCCUAUAUGGGUCCCGCCUUGUUACCAUGGCAGCCAUCAAGGGUCAUGCAAUUGCUGGGGGUUGUGUGCUUUCACUCGCAUGUGAUUAUUCUGUGAUGGCAUCAGAUUUUAGGAUUGGACUGCCAGAACUGUCCCUGGGUCUGUAUUUUGCACCCUGGAUGGCUGGGACCUUGAGUAAUGCCGUUGGAAGAAAUAGGGCAGAGAAAAUAAUAUACAAUGCCCAAGUAUUUGAUGCUGAUGAUGCGGCUGGUAUAGGGUUGAUUGACAAGGUGACACAUGUUGAUGCUGUAAUGACAGAGACACGCAAAGAGAUGAACAAGUGGCUGUUAAUCACAGGUAAAGGAAGAGAAUUAACCAAGGCAACAAUGCGACAAGACCUAUUGACAUUACUUCACAACACAAGGGAAGAGGAUAUUGAACACUUUAUCACCAUGGUUAGGGAUGAGACAACACAACAGCUAAUUGCUGCUAGACUGCAGAAAAAUAAUACAGAAUCUUGAUGCUAUUGUAUAGUAUGUCCGUCAAGAAAUUAGGGCCAUAGCUAGCAGAAGGGGAGGGGGGAGAGAGGGUCCCCAGUCUAGUUAAGUAAGAACUACAAAGGACACAUAGUGUGUGCCUUCCUUCAUUUAGUUGAUACAAGGAUUGACUAAGUCAUUCCCUCCAAUAAUAUUUUAGGCAUGCCUGUGGAAAUAGUAUGUUUUUAAAUCCGUUAAGAGUAUUCUACUUUGUCUAUUACCUGCCACCUACAACUCCAUAUUUUUAUUUUCAAGAAAUGCUCAUGGAAAUGCUGAGUAUAAACUUCUAGAGCCCCAUGUAAACCAGUACUGUUUGUUUCCCUUCAUGGGAAAUGCAGGGUCAUAAUAGACAUUGAGAAACUGAGGGGGGGGGGGGACAUGAUACAAGUGACAUUAAGAAAACCUUGGGGAUGCCAUGCCACUGGCCCCCCUAGCCCCUAAAGGCAUUAUGGCACUGUGGCUCUGUAAGGAAAUCACUGGAAAACUGUGCUCUGCUUGAAGAGCUUUUAAAAGUUAAAUCACCGAUUCAUUGGUGAGAUAGCAAAUGAUUUUGCAAAUAUAUAAAUGAGAAAACUAGGUAAUUCGUAAAUACCAGUGUAUGUUAUAGUGUAUGUUAUAUUCAGGUUGGUAGAAAGAGGUGUCUGAAAAAGAGUUGCAGCAAAUCUGAGUGACAGAUCAAUGCGGGGGUGGGGCGGAGGGGUCAUUUCAUCUUCCCUCCUUUUGGGAAGUGCAUCCGCCCUCCAAGAUAAGCUGGAUCCACCACUGAAAUAAAAAUAAAAAUAGAAUUUAAGUAAUAUAAUAAACAAAAAUUGUAAAAAAAA